CUUGCAAACCUCACAGCCCACCGCCAGCGAUGCUGUAGGGAGGGCACCGGCAGCGCUCGGGCGCGGAGGCACGGCGCGGCAUGGCACACCCACACCGCAACGCGGCGCGGCAGCGCUCCUUGCCUGGUGCGGCCACGCCAAGGUCGGCAGCGGCGAGCGCCGCGGGGAUGUUGCCGGCAGACACGGCUUCAGCCCAGUGAGAUUCUGCCGGUAGAUACAUCCUCUCCCUCUUUAAAUGUUUAUUUCUCUCCUAAGUAGAGCGCCUCUGUGUGAAGUUCACUGUUCCUGCGCACACGGGCGAAGGGCGACGCAGCACGGUUCCCACCUGGAAUGCCGGCCCCCAUGCCCUCUCCCGUUUGCUACGGCAGCCGGGGAAGGGCGAGACCAGCCCCGUCACACGCCCUACCACCGCCGCUAGCGAGUGCCAGGGCUGGAGCAAGACUCGGAGAGGCCGAGGCCCUGGCCCACCCCUACUCGGGCCCGGCCCGACUCCGCACAGUGACCGACACAGCCCCUCCAUCGGUUCUGCGGGCGCACACCGAAAGCUCACACCCGUAGCGACCCCCGCUGCCCGGCGCCGUUCUCCCCUCCCGGAAACAACGCUGCCGCAGGGGCAGGCUCCUAUUGGUCCCUUUCCGUCACACCUUCCCGCCUUCUUGGAGCUGUGCGGGCGGUGAUUGGUUAUUGAAGGCUGUCAGUCAGAGAGGGCGAGCCCCGCUGGUGCCCAGGCUGCGCUCUCGUGAGGCGGGCGGCGCUGCCGGGCGCCGCGGCGGCUGGUGCGGCUGCGGGCGGAGCAGUGAUGCUGGCCGUGAGGCGGUGUAUGGCAGCGGCAGCCCGGCACGGAGCGGCGUGCGCCCGGCGGAGUGAGGGCAGCGAGCGCAGCCGGUUUCUCACUACACAGACUGCACUGGCUUCACAUGUGACAAGGAGGCAAGCAACCAGUAGAGAAGGGCAGUAGAUAUGACACAGAUAAGCAAGAAAGAAACAUUCAGAACAAAAAGACAGAGCAGUUUCUGACACAUCAGGUUGUGUGCUUCAAAAUAAUACCAUAAAGGCUCAUCACUUUAAUCGGUUGUUGACUUCACCUUGGGGACUUUUCACUGAUUCCAACUGAUGCUACUUUAGAGAGGACAUCUAUUUAUCUAGGGCUUUCCAACAAGAGCAUGAAGAGCACAGCCUGAAGAUGAGGAGAAGCAAGGAAUGAGCCAUUCCAUUUACUAUACUUCUCAGUCAUUGCAAGGUGAAGACUUCGUUGGGAACCAAUCUUCAGGAGAGGCUCAAAGCAGAGACUUCUAUGGAGUGUACUUGGCCACUGAUCUCUACAUGGAAAUAACAGAAAAUCAAAAAAAAUGGAAGUUGCUGCUAAUAAAAGAAGAAAAGCUGAGUGUCAUCAAGGUUAAGAACUACUAUGUGAGACCUAUGAAAGAUUACAGAGUUGCUGUUCUAUAUCGAACUUCCAAGUGUCAUUAAUAAUAUGCUGCCUCUCUGGGGCAUAGGUGUGCUCACAGUACAAAGGGUGUUUAUUCAUCACGUGGAAUAGAAGAGAUAGAGGAACAAUGGCUUCAAAGGUCUCCUGCUUAUACAUUCUGACAGUAGUUUGUUGGGCAAGUGCUCUUUGGUACUUAAGUAUAACUCGUCCUACUUCUUCCUACACUGGCCAUAGACAGAUCAGUAGCAUAUCUAUAGCCAGAAAAAACGUUUCCUUUGGUAACAUAAGAACUCGACCUAUAAAUCCACAUUCUUUUGACUUUCUUAUCAAUGAACCCAACAAAUGUGAGAAGAGCAUCCCUUUCUUGGUCAUUCUUAUCAGCACGACUCACAAAGAGUUUGAUGCGAGGCAAGCCAUUCGAGAAACGUGGGGAGAUGAAAACAACUUUAAAGGCAUUAAAAUUGCCACGCUAUUUCUCCUUGGAAAAAAUGCAGAUCCUGUGUUAAAUCAGAUGGUAGAGCAAGAAAGCCAGAUCUUCCAUGACAUUAUUGUGGAGGAUUUUAUCGACUCUUAUCAUAACCUGACUCUGAAAACGCUGAUGGGGAUGAGGUGGGUGGCAACGUUUUGUUCAAAAGCAAAGUAUGUUAUGAAGACAGAUAGUGAUAUUUUUGUAAAUAUGGAUAAUCUUAUUUAUAAGCUGCUCAAACCUAAUACCAAGCCAAGGAGAAGGUACUUCACUGGUUAUGUUAUAAACGGAGGACCGAUAAGAGAUGUUCGCAGCAAGUGGUACAUGCCGAGAGAUUUGUAUCCUGACAGCAAUUACCCACCCUUCUGUUCAGGCACCGGCUACAUUUUUUCAGCUGAUGUAGCAGAACUGAUUUACAAAACCUCCCUUCACACCAGACUUCUUCAUCUCGAAGACGUGUAUGUUGGACUGUGUCUUCGGAAGCUGGGCAUUCACCCCUUCCAAAACAGCGGUUUUAAUCACUGGAAAAUGGCCUACAGCUUGUGCAGGUACCGCAGAGUUAUCACAGUGCACCAGAUAACACCAGAAGAAAUGCACAGAAUUUGGAAUGACAUGUCCAGCAAGAAACAUCUCAGAUGUUAAGAUUUUUAUUGCUGUAAAUACCUUUUUUUCUAAAAAAAAAAAAACCAACAAAAAUCAUUUAAUCUGGUUAUUUUUUGACAAAGCAAUCUGCUGAUUUGCAGGUUAAACUGUGGGAUGCUAACUAUUGUGGAUUUUUAAUGACUGACUUUUCAUUCACAUUUUGACUACUGGUUUACAGACUUCAGGCUCUUUUCAUAAGGACGUUACACCAACCAAAAAGAUCUAGAGUCAGAUCACAGGUUUUUUUAUAUUAUCCUCUAUCACACAUAUCAGUUCCUGCAUCUGUAUGUAAAAGGACAGUAAUAAACUACUAUCAGCUGCUUAACAGUUGAUGCCCCAGCCUCUGAAAUAAGACUCGGGCCCUAAGAAAGGAAGAAUUACAAACACACUUCUAUUCCUUUUUUGGCACCUUACAACCAUCUCUGUUUGGAGCUUUGUUGAAGAAUCAAGCAGUGUACAUUUGCACUGACCUCUUACACCUAUCUUGACAUGCUUAUUUCGUAGUACAAUGUGCACAAUUCCCAAACAGCUUACCAAUAGCAGAAUGUAGGCCAGUGAGGACAUCAAAGUCUCAUAGGCCUUAGAAACACACUGUGGGAUAUUUUUAAUCCACCAAGUGAUAUUCUUUUAUUUCAGAAGAUAUCCAUUUCUGCCUAAAAUAGUUCCCAAGAGAUCUAAUACCAUUUUAAUGUUAAGUAAAAAUAUGUACACGAAAGCAGACAUGGGAGAUGUAUGAAAAACUCUUUAAAACCAUGUGAGAAGUGUUAGUAUCUUUUAACUUUUAGUCUCAAAGCGAGUGCAGUGUUUCUCAUUAGUAUCAGUAGAUCUCUCCAUUAAGUGUAUUGCAUAGCAAUGUGUAACUAUAUUGAAUGAUAAAAGCAUCAAUAACAGCAUAUUUUUUCAACAUGUGUCAGUGCAAAAGUAACACAACAGCAAUUUUUUUAAGGAUAAGCUCUACUUUUUGCUACAACACACAAGAAGGAGAUUCUACCAGGUUUUUAAUGGUGUGGGAAAGCAGAAUUUCAGCCAAUAAAAGAAUGCAAUUCAUUUUCUGUUCAUAGGGCAGCAAAGUACGUAACUUAUUUACAACUUUCACAGUACAACAGAGAGCUUUUAGGAAUCCUCUAUUAAAGAAAAACAAAUUCGAGCCUUUGUUUCAAAUUUGCAGCUUUCAGGCUACUCAUCAUAGAGGCAAUACACACCGAGGCUCCACUCGAGAGAUCCUCAGAACACAAGACAGAAAUUACACAAAAUUUCAUUCAAGUUCCCCAGUGUUCUUACAUUUUGAAUAUGAACAUUGAGUGAAACGUAGUGUUGUGUGUCCAGGAUUAGGCUAGGAUAGGGUUAAUAUUUUAACCAAAUUAUUUGCUGGAAAGUUCAAGCCAUUUCUAUACAGUAUCACAUUCUAGCAAAGACCUAAACUGCUCAGCAAAUAUUUGGAAUAAAGAAUUCAGACACGUUAUGAAACUGAUUAGGUACACUAAGGAGGUUGGGAGAGAUUCCUCCUGAGUGGAGGUUGGAGCCAGGUGGGGGUCAGGCUCUUCUCCCAAGCAAGAAAUCAUAGGACAAGAAGAAAUUGCCUCAGGUUGCACCAGAGGUGGUUUAGUUUGGACAUAGGAAAAAAUUUCUCCCCUGAAAAAGUUGUCAAGCCCUGGAACAGGCUGCUCAAGGCUGUGGAGUGCCCAGUGCCAGAGAGAUUGAAAAGCCAGGUUAAAUGUGAUGCUAAGGGACACGGGUUAGUGGGGACCUGGCAGUGCUGUGUUAAUGGUUGGACUCGAUCUGAAAGGUCUUUCCCAACUUAAACAAUUCUAAAGCAACUCUUGGUGACAAAAGUGACAUCUAAGAACACCUAAGCACAGAUGUUGCCAUGUACUAUUAGCUGUCUAUUCCUCACACUGUCCACAGCACACACAAAGGACUCUUUCAUUCUAGUUACAUAUAGCAUAUGAAAAACUGUUCCAUCUAUGUUAUUUAGGAUGUCUAUGAAGUUGUCAGAAAUUAACCAAGAAUUUAAAGAAAAGAUCUGACCUUAUAUUCCACAGCUGUACAUAGCACUUUAUAACAGUAACAAAAGAAUGAAAACGCUACCCUAAAAGCUUUUUCAUAGCAAAUUGUUAGUCUUAUUCACAGAUGCAGCAUAAUCAUUUUGAAAAGAACUACCUUGCACUUGGCCUUCAAACUGCAAGCUGUAGUUGUCUUAAAUCUGUUUCAGAUUUGAUCAUGAAGCUGAAAAACAGACAACCCAGGAGUUACUGCUAAUCAACAGGAGCUUGUGCACCUUUCAUAGAUAAAAAUAAGUAAUUCUGUAUAGAAAUACAGAAUGUCUUGGAGUAUAAUUAAGAUUUAUCCUUCCCUAGUUGACCUAGUCCUUGUUAUAGUUGCUUUUGCUUCCUGUCAAACUCUGAACUCCAGCUAAACAAGGUCCAACUAAUUGCAUAGAUAAAUACAUAACACACAUGCUGACUCGAAGUUCAGCCUUCCUUAUCCAAGUCCCAGAAUAUACUUAAGAAGGGAAUGGAAGGUGGAAUUCAUCCCCAGCCCUCUGCUAGAUCAGACAGCAUGGAUGCCAUCCUACCAGGAGUACACUUUGUAAUAGUUUCAACCCACAGGCUGAAAUCAUUUGUGCUAUCCUUCUGCACUGAGCAGUAAUUUGGGGUUUCUGAAUCCACAACCAAAUGGAUUUGGUGGCCUUACUUCUCUUGCUGAUGCUUCUGUGGCCUUUGGUUAGUAACCAAGAGGACAGCAAGGCUCCCAGUCCAGAUACCUCAGGGCUCUCAAGUAACAAGGUAGCCUUGAAUUUCUCCUAGUACAAGUAGACCGCAUUCACGAUUGGAAGGUACACCUUGAAAAUAGCAUUUGAGAAAAGAAUAAAUUCCUGCCAUUUAUAAAUAGAUAGAUCAACAGAAGUGUAAAUGUUCAUUGUGAAAUCGAUGUACAUAUUUCUAAAGCAUUUUCUUCUGUAUUUAGCUGUAUAUAUGUGUAGAGUCUGCUUGCUACAUAGUAUUCCGUUAUGCAUGGAGCUGAGUUAGGCGUUCUAUUUGUCAAGUGUUUCAAGAGCCUUAAGCAUGUGUGCCCUAACUUUUGAAUGUACAAGAUCUUCUUUUCUUUCAUUGUCAAGUGAAUUUAAAGGAACACAACAAACCCCAAAUUUUCUACCACUGUUAAAUUUACAAUACCAGACUUCACUAUCUUGUUACACUCACUUACAUAUCAGAUUUAUUAUUUUUCUCUUUGCUCGGAAAUUGCAAUGUCGCAAUCUGAAGCUAGAAAGGGAGCAAGACAUCUACUCAACAGGUACAGCUUACUGUUCCACUCAGUAGUACUUGUGGCACAUGGAGUACUGUUAACAAGCAAGUGUUUGCAUAAGCCUCCUUUAAUCAAAUAAACAUUUCUGUUGCGUUAAAGGCCAUUUUGUGUCGCUGGGCGUGGGACAAAUGACACCUUGGUUAAGAUGUGCUGGCUUUUAGUCACUUCAGAAGUGUGACUAUAACCACAUUUUGGUGCCAAACAAUACAGGGACAAAGCAGGGAAGCAGCUGAGGGCAAAUCAGAAACGCCUCUCUUUAGGAGGAGGUUUUCAAUAAAGCACUUUUUCUUGCUAAAACCAUGGGAGUAUUUAAAUAGAAGUCUCAAGGUUCAUUUCCCACCUUUCCUAAUAAUAAUAUUAAGUAUCACUUUUGAUUCUUUCUUGAGCUUUGGGUUUUUUCUUUUGUUGUUGUUACAAUGUAGAUGGCAAUGGCAAUUUGUAAAUGAAGAGUGUAAUUAACUAGAAAAGCUUGUCAACAGUAACCAAACUUUAGGUGUAUCAUUAUAUGACUGGCUGUACUUAUGUAUUUAUUUGUCUAAAUUGUAUAUAUUGUUUCAUCUAUAGUGUCCGUAGGAGUGCAUUCUUUUAGAUUAGAAUAUUAUUUACAGGUUUGUGGGGUUGCCAGCAAAGCUGCUAAUCAAGAUACUAUUUUUUUGUAUCAACGUGAAAUAAUUAAAAAAAAAAAAAAGAACAAAUUCAAAUGAAAAA